AUGCGCGCGCUGGCUGCCGCGCCGACGUCGGCGACGGCCGCGCGCGCCUCGGCCGCGCGCGCGCUGUCCACCAGAGAGGUCGAGCACUGCUCCGGGUGCCCGCGCGGGGAGACGUGCCCGUGCCCGAAGGCGCUUCGGCGCGCGAAGACGCGGAGGCCCGCGUCGACGCGACGCGCGCCUCCGUCGUCGUCGUCGUCGUCCGUCGUCGACGACGACGACGACGGCGCGAAUCCCGCUGAUGGCGCCCCGCCGGGCGCGGCGGCCCCGAGCCGCCGCGCGCUCCUCUCCGCCGCGACGCUCGCGCUCGCGGCCGCUCCGCCCCCCCGCGCGACCGCGAUGCAGAACGGCGCGGUCUCCGAGGCGUGGUCCGCGCUCAGCGGCGCGCCGUCGGACCUCACGUUCCCGGAUGAUUUCGUCGGCACCUUCAUUUGCUACAGCACGCUCACCGCCGUGACGACGCCGCAGGGGGAGGAUCUGGUGCAGGACAUGGCGGUGAUUCAGCGCGCGCGAGGGGACAUCGGGAAGCAGAUCGCGUACCCGAUGCGGUUCAUCAGGAACGGCCUGGGGAAGGUGGUCAUGGAUCGAUCGUACAACGUCGUCACGAUGGCGGAGGCGACCGCCAAGGCGUACGACGUCAUCAGGGACGUGGAGUGGGACGUGGACGACCCGAACACGCUGCGGGCGGUCCUCCCGGGGGACGGUCGGAGCGUGUUCUUCCGCGUGAAUCAGAGAAGCGAGGAGUACCCAGAGCCGGACCGGAUCGAGACCUCGGAGGUGGCGCAGAUCGUGUUCGAAGGCGGCGACCGCGGGAACGGGUUGACAGCUGUCACCGGGGCGGACGGUUUCGGCGGCGAUCGACCCGCGGGGGGCGCGGGCGCGUUCGUCGAGACCCCGGACGCUCGAGGGGCCCCGCCAAAGGUGAAGUCGUCGCGGACGUACACGAAGUGGAAGUUCCGCCCGGUGGAGAAGGCGGGGGACGGCCCGGUCGUCGUCGCGUCGCAGAACGUGUACGAUUACCUCACGUCUUUCGACCGCGGGUUUUUAGAGUCGAAGGGCGAGCCGGUGACGCAGUACACGUACAAGCUCGCGCUGUUCAAGGCGAACAAGUACAACUUAGAGAACUGA